AUGGAAGCUCGAACUGAUUCAUCCGGCGCGUCUCCCGCGACACCCGCGACCCUUUCGGACCUCAAGAAGCAUACACACGAGCACCUCGAAGGCACAAUGGGCUUCGAAUAUACCGAACAACUGCUUACCCCCGAAAACAGUCGCUCCGAGACUUCCAGCAACAAUGAGAACGCGUCCACCGAUGAGAAACCUACUCUACGUCGAAGAUCUACACGUGUAACACGCGCUUCUUUGCGGGGGCCAGCCCAACACGAUGACCAUCUAGAUACAAAUAAUCAUGGAAUACCUUCUCCAGCGGAUGAGUUCGAUCCUGCCGUCUCCGGGGACACCUUGAUCGAUGGGGUCGGAGUUGCGGAAGUGAAACGGUCCAAGUCCACCUCCCACCUUCGGCACAGCAUAGCGGUCAUGGAAACGGCUCUAUGGAGCGAGACAACCCUCCCGCAGACCAAUGUGGACGGCGAUGAUCACCCAAUGGCGCCAGAUACCCCCGUCUCCAAGUCGUCUCAAGAACCACAACCCAGCGACAUGAGCACGUCUCUACAACAACGGACUCUACGAAAGCGCGUGGAACAGGCUUUGACCCAGGAGGAAAAGAAGGAAAUCAACAAGGCUUCUGUGACUGCCAAGUCUGACAACCGGAAGUCACCACGUCGCUCAACCCGAUUGAGUAUACUAGACAAGGCAUCAGACCUCGCUGGCCGGGCUAGCAGCGCUUUGGGGAAGCGCUCGAGUGAUAAGAUGGAAAAAGGCACCGAGCCGGGUCGCCGAGCCAGUCUACGGCCGCGCAAUGUUUCCGCGCCUAAGGAAGCGCCAUUAGCUUCUGAACCCACUGAUCCCGUUUCUAAAAAGAGACGGGUCUCUGACAGUGAUAUCCCAUCCAAUGCUCAGACCACAGAAGAAUCCUCUCAGGAGCAAACGGCCCCUGCGGAAGCUGUCCCACGCUCCAAGCGGAAGCGCUGGCUGGUACAUGGCUUGUACACAGGACAAGAACAUACGGAUGCUCCGCCAGUUCAAAACAGGAAUCGGAGCAGACGGAAGAGCGACCGAUUAUUGAAGCAGGGGAGGGACUUCCAAUUGCCUUUUGACAUCUUCUCCCCGCUGCCUCCUGGUCAGCCCAAACCGGAUGAGUGGAGAAAAACCAACAAAAACGUCUUUGUGGGGGAUGCAUCCAGUAUAUGGCGUGCAAACAAGCACUGUGAGCUGUCCAAGUGUAUGUGCACGCCAGAAACCGGCUGCGACGAGGAAUGUCAGAACCGUUACAUGUUCUACGAGUGCGAUGACGGCAACUGUGGGGUGGGUCCUGAGUGUGGAAAUCGAAGUUUCGAUGAGCUUAAGCAACGGACCAAGGCUGGAGGCAAGUAUAAUAUCGGCGUGGAAGUUAUCAAAACAACAGAUCGUGGAUACGGUGUGCGCAGUAACCGCACAUUUGAGCCCAACCAGAUCAUCGUGGAAUACACGGGCGAGAUCAUCACCCAGACCGAGUGUGAGAAACGAAUGCGGACGAUCUAUAAGCAUAAUGAGUGCUACUACCUAAUGUACUUCGACCAAAACAUGAUAAUCGAUGCCACUCGAGGCUCCAUUGCCCGCUUCGUCAACCACUCUUGCGAGCCCAACUGCCGAAUGGAAAAGUGGACGGUCGCCGGGAAACCGCGCAUGGCUCUCUUUGCCGGCGAUCGCGGCAUCAUGACGGGCGAGGAGCUGACCUAUGACUACAACUUUGAUCCCUAUUCCCAAAAGAACGUCCAACAAUGCCGAUGUGGCUCUUCGAAUUGUCGUGGGAUUCUGGGCCCGAGGCCAAAGGAGAAGGACCAGCGUGCGAAAGACUCCAAGGUUGAACCACAGAAGAAGUCCAGGACCAAGCAGGCAAACGGCAAGGCAAGAGGUUCGAAACGCAAAUCCGGCGAGGCGCUCGAUGAAUCUUCUUCACGCACCAAUAAGAAGCGGAAGCUUUUGGUGGCCAAGUCGAUCAAGUCCGGCGUCAAGAAGGCCGUGUCGAAAGCAACCGCUUUGCGACCCAACGCUGACAAGCGAGUAUUGGAAAUCCCGGCAAAGCGAGCAGCUGGGAAGGCUACGAAGAUAGCAGUCAGGAAACCACCCUCGAAAAAAGAUGAGGCUGAAAGUAAGAGCAUCAAGCUCCCCAAGGUCAAAGCGACCAAGGCCAAGGCCAGAGCCACGGUGCCCAAGACAACACAGGCAGCAAAAGCCAAGGUUCAGAACAAUGCUUCGACAACCUCGAAACUGAGUCGCCCUUCUGCAGCCACCAAGGCGAAAAUCCUCGCGGCAGCCAAGGGCACCACCCCGCGAAGAAAACCAACGGAGAAGAAGAAACUCGAGGCUAAAGGAGAUCGUAAGGCCGCGAGCAAAGCAACCACACGGACCCCCAAGCCCAAAGGCGCGACUAAACGCGCCGUUGCAGCCACCAAGGGGAGUAAGAAAUGA